GUCACCGUUUCUGCCCCAUUUUGUCUCUUCUCCUUAAACCUUAAUUGUCUGCGUUCCUCUUCCCCAAUUCUUCCUGCUUCCUUACCUUUUCCAUUAUCGUAAUCAUGCCCUUUCCCAUCACUGCUAUGUAGAAACUUCCAACUUUCAUAAGUAAUUGUAGUAGUUCUUAAGUAGCCAUAAGAAAAGUCGAUAAUGGUCGCCGGAGACGAGUGAAAGAACAUAUAUAGUCCUUCCUGAGAUUCAACUACAAUACAAUAAGGACACUAAUUUUUUUUUUAUUUUGAAAAAAAGAGAGAAGAAAAUGAAGUUUUCUUUACCGUUUGUCAACUGUUUCUGUUCCAUAGCUCAAAAUAAUUCCCAGGUGGACGACGACGGAGAUGGCUACGGCCGUGAUUUAAGACGACCUGGUGGUCAAAGGGUUGAGCAUUUUCCUGUGUAUUCUUACAACGCAUUGAAAGCUGCGACUCAGGGGUUCAGAUCAUCCAACCGGAUUGGAGAGGGAGGCUUUGGUUCUGUUUACAAGGGGAUGCUGCAAGAUGGGAGUCUAGUGGCUGUGAAAAUUCUUUCAGUUGAGCUAGAAUCCAUGAGGGGCGAGAGGGAGUUCAUAUCUGAGAUUGCUGCUCUAUCUGGCAUUAAGCAUGAGAAUCUGGUUAGUCUCCGAGGAUGCUGCGUAGAUGGCGCUAAGAGACUCCUGGUCUACAAUUAUAUGGAGAAUAAUAGCCUCGCCUACACCUUUCUUGGUGAAGAGCAUAACAGGAUGAAAUUCAGUUGGAAAUUGAGGAGAGACAUUUCAAUUGGGGUGGCUAGAGGACUUGUAUAUCUGCACGAACAAGUCACUCCUCAUAUCGUGCACCGAGAUAUUAAACCCAGCAAUAUACUUCUCGAUCUGCAUUUUACCCCGAAACUCGGUGACUUUGGUUUGGCCAAGCUAUUCAGGGAUGAUGCAUCUUACAUUAGUACUCGCGUUGCAGGGACAUUAGGUUAUCUUUCCCCGGAGUACGCCAUUAGUGGACAUUUGACGCGAAAAUCGGACGUUUACAGCUUCGGAGUACUAUUAUUGGAGAUUCUGACCGGUGGUCCAGUUGUCGGUUUUGACUUAGAACGUGGAGGAGAGUAUUUCCUUGUCGACAAGGUCUGGGAAAUGUACAAGGCUAACAAUCUUCGGCAGAUGGUGGAUCCAGUGUUAAAUGGAAAUUUUCCAGAAGAAGAAGCGGUUAGGCUCUUCAAGGUUGGAUUGAUGUGCGUGCAAGAGACCACCAAACUCCGGCCUAAGAUGUCUACAGCCGUCAAGAUGUUGACUAAUGAGAUUGGCAUUGGAGACACGGAGAUAUCAAAACCCGGGCUACUUGCUGAUCUAAUGGAUGUGAAAAUAGACCGGAAGCGGCAAUCCUCGCAAAGCUUUUUCUCCGGCGACAGUGCCAAUGCAAGUUCAGCGACGUAGACUGGAGCGCAGAGGACGCUCAUGUAAAGAGCUGGGGAGCUGUAAAGUAAAGUUGCAAUCAUGCGAUUGCCUAAUAGCAGUUUUUUUUUUUUUUGGGGGUAGUUGUUAAUGUACAAAGUUCAGACGUAUCAACUGGAUUGAUGAGAUUGUAUAAAAACGCGCAAAAGCCUUGGUAUAUAUUGCUACAUUCAACAUUGUUGAGGGAAUGCGCCAG